AUGUCGCAGGAGGUCGGCGCGUCCUCGUCCUCUUCCUCAUCCUCAUCCUGGAUCGGCUGCGGCCGUUGUUCAACGUUUGGCCAGUUGCUGCCUGGCCGCAAACCGCGUCACUGCGUUGCGGUCAUGGUCAUUGUCAAAGCGCUGGCGUGCAUUGGUUUCGCAGCGUGCGUGUACUUUUUUGUCGGAGUUAACUGUUCACUGUUCAAACUCGCCUGCUUUACGAUCGUCACUGCCGGCUUUUGCGUUCUGCUGGAAACGAUCGGCAUGUUCCAACGCUCUUGGUGGCUGCUGUCGCGAAUGUCCAUCGUCAAUCUAGUCAAUAUCGUACUGUCCACGAUCGUACUGUUUCUGACGCUGGCCGGAGAGCAGACGGUCGCCCCGUCGGUCAGGGACUUCAACCCGUACCUGGUUCAGGCGCUGACGUGCACCGUUCUCGGUGUCUGGCUGACGGUGCUCAUGUGUUCGAUGAAGGCGAUUCAACACUACUGCUCGUACCUGAUGCGCAACGAACGUACAGCGCGCUCCGUGCAGUCCCCACUGCCAAUGGCCGUCGUUAAGGUAAUGUCCGAUCAUUCGCAAUGGGGCCAGCCAGCGAAAACGAAAAGGGCGGACUUGUACUCAUUCUGGGAUUACUAUGGCCCGAAACUUGACAUGAACACAGUCAUAGUUACCAACACACCAUCUGCAACGUCAUCUUCGCCUACAGGUGCUACAGCUGCUACGGCAUCGGACGCGGCUGGCCUCCGCGUCGUCAACGUCUCUUGUCGGAACAAAUUAAAGUCGCCUUCAUCAUUGCCCCCGACCUCGGUGGCAGCCGUGCAAACGGCACAGCAGUCGACGGCUACCACUGAACAGUGCAACGACACUGGCACAGAACAACCAACGUCGCAAACGUAA